AUGAAUGAACCAGCGCAUGUCCAGAAACCGGGGUCGACGACCCGUCGCUGUCAACUUCAUAUCAGACAGCAACCGAGGGCAGCGAGGGCAGGCCCUGAUGGGAAGGACCGAAGGGCUAUUGACCCUCCUCCAAUCCUCCAAUUGCAAAUGCAAGACUUCGACCCAGAUUCGAAGCACGACGUGGCAGAAUUGUCGAGUCCAUUCUGGGUGGUGCAUUGCAAACUAGUGGCAGCACAAACACCAGACAAAGAUGUGUCCACAAUGUCUCAAACCACCGAGGAUGGGCGAAAGGAGGUGCAACGUCUACUUCUGGGCACAACUGUGGCAAGCCCGACCAACACAGCUGAUGACCCUGAUCCGCCUACAUUUACACCUCAUCCUCGAUCAGAGACCGCUAUCGACGUCCCACCGAGCCCGACCUCGAGAUUUCUGCCAAUCUCAACUUCACGACCUCCUGAGCAGACCCGGCCACCGCACCGUACUCCUGGUACUUUCUUCAUCUUCGCCGAUGUGUCCGUUCGCAAAGCUGGCGAAUAUCGACUUCAAUUUGUUCUCAUGAAGAUGGAUACUGUGCAUUUAGCUCAAGGUGCUGUCAUCCCCGCUAUCGACACAGUUACAACCGAUGUUUUCAGGGUUGUCAAUGCGAAAGAUUUCGACCAAGUACAACCAAGCACUAAUCUAGUCAAGGGCUUGCUGGAUCGUGGCGCUGGCUUUCCGUUAAAACUAAAGAAAGGUCUACGGGAUGGCCAACGGCGGCGGAGACAGAACUCUGGGGGCGAUUCUGAAGACGAAUCCGACGACGCCGACUAG